AUGGCGAGUGCUCAGCCAGGGGUCCAUGCAUUGAAACUCCAGCCUCCCUCCGUCUCUAACACACUGAGGAAUGGAAGCAACUUCAUGAAAUGGGACGAGCAACAAGGACAAUGGUUGGAUGCCACGACAGAGCUCCACAGAGCUUUAGAUCUCUCUACCGUGACCCCAGUAACUCUCCAUGUGGACCAACAUGGAUUUUACCUCUACUGGACCGACCAAAACAAGGAGACAGAGUUGUUGGACCUCACUCUGGUGAAAGAUGUCAGAACAGGGCGAAGCACCAAAACAGCCAAGGAGGCUAAGCUCCGGGAGCUGCUGGAUGUUGGAAACCUGGUUGGUCGGCUUGAGAACCGCAUGGUUACCGUGGUUACAGCAUCAGAUCUCGUAAAUGUCAACCAACUAAACUUCAUCGCCUCACAGGAGGAUGAAGCCAAGGUUUGGUGUGAGGAACUGUUUUCUCUGUCUUCCAACCUGCUGAGCAACAAUCUCAACAGAGACCAGAGUUUGAUGAAAGCGUACGUCAAGUUAACUCUCCAGCCAAACACAGAGGGGAAAAUACCUGUCAAGAACAUUGUGCGACUGUUUUCUUCAGACAGAAAGCGAGUUGAGACUGCCCUGGAGAACUCCAAACUGCCUUAUGCACGGGGUGAAGGCAUUAAACUGGAAGACUUAACACUUGAAGUCUACAAGAAUUUUUUGGAAAGUUUGUGUCCUCGUCCUGAGCUCGGCAAUGUCUACAAACAACAAGGAGCGAAUGGAGGGAAGCUGUCAGUCGAUCAGAUGACAGAGUUCAUCAACAACAAGCAAAGAGACCCGAGGCUCAAUGAAAUCCUUUACCCACCUCUCCGUCCCGCGCAGACACACGCUGCGAUGGAGAGGUAUCAGCAUGACCUGGCACUGCUGAAACAAGGAACCAUCUCUCUCCAGGCUUUCUCCAGCUACCUGUCCAGUGACGAGAACGGGGUCAUUCCACCUGAGAAACUGGAUCAGUCUGAAGACAUGAGCUUCCCCCUGUGUCAAUACUUUAUCAACUCAUCACACAACACAUACCUGACAGCGGGCCAGCUGGCAGGGAGCUCCUCAGUAGAGAUGUACCGGCAGGUUCUUCUGGCUGGAUGUCGCUGUGUGGAAUUGGACGUGUGGAAAGGUCGGACUGCUGAGGAAGAACCUGUCAUCACACACGGCUUCACCAUGACAUCAGAAAUCCCUUUUAAGGAAGUGAUCGAAGCUAUUGCAGAGUGUGCCUUCAAGACGUCGCCUUUUCCUGUCAUACUGUCCUUUGAAAACCACGUGGACUCUUUGAAGCAGCAGGCUAAGAUGGCUGAAUAUUGUCGAUCUAUUUUCGGAGAAGCGCUGUUGAUUGACCCCCUAGAAAAAUACCCUCUGGAGUCAGGUGCCCCUCUGCCCAGUCCUCAGGAGCUGAUGGGCAAAAUCCUCAUUAAAAACAAGAAAUCCCACAAACCCGCCAAUAGCACAGACACCAAAAGGCUGACCGACCAGCCUGCCAAUCAGAGCAACGAACCACUGUCUCCUAGUAACAACACAGGAGAGAUCGAGGCAGAAAGUGAGGAAGAUGAUGAUGAUGACGAUGAUGAUGGUAAAAAGGGCUCAGCUGAGCGGGAGGCGGUGGCCACAGAGGAAAUGUCUACUCUGGUGAACUACAUCCAACCAACCAAGUUCAACUCGUUUGAAGCCUCCAAGAAGGCAGCCCGCUGUUACCACAUGUCGUCUUUCGUGGAGACCAAAGCUUUGGAGCAUCUCACAAAGUCACCAGUCGAGUUUGUAGAAUAUAAUAAAUCACAGCUCAGUCGCAUCUAUCCAAAGGGAACCAGAGUUGACUCAUCCAACUUCAUGCCUCAGCUCUUCUGGAACGCCGGCUGUCAGCUGGUGGCUCUCAACUACCAAACCAUGGAUUUCUCCACGCAGCUCAAUCUCUUCACAUUUGAGUACAAUGGGAGGAGUGGCUACAGACUGAAGCCUGAGUUCAUGAGACGGCAUGACAAACACUUUGACCCCUUCGCAGAAAACACAGUGGACGGCAUCGUGGCCAACACCCUCUCUGUGAAGGUGAUUUCAGGCCAGUUUCUGACUGAGCGGAGGGUGGGUGUAUACGUGGAGAUAGAGAUGUUUGGCCUUCCAGCAGACACCAGGAGGAAAGCACUGAAGACAAAAACCUCUCAGAACAACAACGCCAUUAAUCCUGUGUGGGAUGAAGAGCCGAUUGUAUUCAAAAAGGUGAUUCUUCCCACUCUGGCCUCUCUGAGAAUCGCUGCCUUUGAAGAAGGAGGGAAGUUAAUUGGUCAUCGGAUUAUUCCAGUGUCUGCCAUAAGACCAGGUUACCGUUACAUUGGCUUGAGGAAUGAGAAAAACCAGUCUCUGAUACUGCCAGCUGUGUUUGUCUACAUCGAGGUCAAAGAUUACGUCCCAGACACCUUUGCAGAUGUGAUUGAAGCUUUGUCCAACCCUAUCCGAUAUGUCAACCUGCUGGAGCAGAGGUCCAAACAGCUGGCAGCUCUCACAGACGACGUAGAGGAAGAGACUCAGGCGGAGGAAGAGGCAGAAACCACUACAGAGCGUAAGAACGAUGUGAAAUCAGUUCCACUGGAGAAUGGACUCAGCCCCGCCCCUGGUCCAACAGGCCACACACCAGUUGCGACGACACCCAAAGUCUCUACAGCCAAUCAGCAAACAGCUACAACAGAAACAGCAAAACCAGCAGCAAAGACUGAGGACCUGGUGUUAAGUGUUUUGAUAGAUGUCCCAUCAUGCACCAUGGAGAGUCUGCAGCAGUCAAAGGUCUACCAGAAGGAGCAGAGACGCCAGUUUAAAGAGCUGAAAGAGUUAGUGAGGAGGCACCAAAAGAAAACAUCGGAGCUCCUCAGAGAAAUCAACAACAAGUACAAGAAGACGACCAGGCAGUGCAGCAAGAACAGGGGUUCAGACAGUGAGAAAGAGGAACGCCUGCAGCAACUGAGAGAUGAGCAGCAGCAGCAGCUUCUAGCUCUGAGGCAGGAGCAGUACUACAGUCAGAAAUAUCUGCAGAGAGAGCACAUUAAAAUGCUGACAGAGCGACUCAGUGGUCUGGCUGAAGAAAGUCACAACACACAGAUGAAGAAACUCAAAGAUAUAUGUGACAAGGAGAAAAAGGAGCUAAAGAGGCUGAUGGAUCGAAGAAGAACAGAGAAGAUCAACCAGGCAAAGACUAAAGAGAAACAUCUGGCUGAAGAGGAGAAGAUCGAGAUCAAUAAGUCCUACGUCAAUGAAGUCGUCCAGAACAUAAAGCGGCUGGAGGAGACUCAAGUGAAGCGCCAUGAUCAGCUGGUGGAGCAGCAGAAUGAGCUGCUGCAGCAGAUUCAAGACAUGAAACCAAAGUUGCAAGGAGUCGUGGAGGCGGAUUUCCAGGAGAAGUUCCAGUGUUUGCCUGGAGAGAUUGAAGAAUUCCUGCAGGACAGGAAGGCAGAGGAUAGAGGCAACAGCAAGUCCCGCUCAUCCACACCGCACGAAACUCUUUCAGAGGAGGACUGAGGGAGAGAGAGCAUGAAGAUGAAGAGUAGAAGGUAGCAAAGCGUGGAACAAGCUCCAGAUCAAAUUUUAAGGAUAGGAGAAAGGCAAAAAAGAUUUUAAAGACUGUUACUUUUCUUUUAAUGGAAGAAUGCUUUACUGAUUUACAUUUUAAUCCCAUUCAAGCAUGCACUCUGCUGUACAUCAGCGAUCAACCAGAACUCAUUUAGUCUGAUAUUCUGCUAUUUAAAAGGACAACUACCCAACAGUUUUUACUGCAUGAAACUCUAUCUAUCUAUCUAUCUAUCUAUCUAUCUAUCUAUCUAUCUAUCUAUCUAUCUAUCUAUCUAUCUAUCUAUCUAUCUAUCUAUCUAUCUAUCUAUCUAUCUAUCUAUCUAUCUAUCUAUCUAUCUAUCUAUCUAUCUAUCUAUCUAUCUGACAGUUUUUGCAAUGAUUCAUUUCUAAUACAUUUCAACAUCAGUGUACAAAUAUCAAUCUCUUUUGUAUACACAACAUACAGCGUACACAUACGCACCUUUUUCUGCAACAACUCUACUUUAUGUAUAUCCCUGAUAAUACAAACACCCUGCCCAGCGUCAAAAUGUGGAUGUCUAAUUACAGCCCCUUUCACACAUGAACUUCCUGACACUUUCAAGAUAACUUCAGGACAAACAAGCUAUGUUAUUUUCAGGAAUCUGCCAUUCAUACAUGUACUUCGCAGCAGGAGAUCAUCAUCAGGAGCACUCUUAAGACUUAUUCUACUUCAACAUGUAUAAUAAUUUGUUCUCCGCUGCAGUGGAGAACAAAUGAGGUGAGCCGUAAAGAGAAUAAAGCAGCAAAACUCCACUCGGUGUGAACAGUGUCAUCACCCUGCCCACUCUCUCACGGUGAUGUUGCAGAUUAUGACCUGCUUUGUUUAUACAUCAGCUUACCCCAACCUCACGCAGACAUUUUACCCGGGAGCUGGAAGGGAAACUUGGGGUGAACAGAUUCAGACAUUCUUGUUCAAACUUGCAACCCACUCGGACAAUGUCAGGACAAUUUUAGGAGUGCAGUACAUGUGUGAAAGGGACUAUCGACAAGUGCUCUGUUGUUCACACUUCCAUAGUUGCAAAUAUUACCACCCGCACACUGCUCUGUUUUGCUAGAGGUCAGUGGGUUUUCGUUGUUGUAAGAAAGGAGGAGGACCUGCUCGUGUUUUGCUUUUUGUAACUGAAUUUGUCCACCACAUCCUGCUAGAAUCAAAAUAAGAAAAGCGGUGUGAAUUAAUUUAAAGGCAAGUCAUAUUGCUCAACAUGGCAAAACCGAAGAUGUCCACAAACAAUAGUAAUGUCAAUGUGGUUUACUUUUCAGGAUGUUUGAAAAUACAGUCUUUUUUUAUUCAGUUUUGUGUUGCAUUAAUGCAUUUACAAUCCUAUAUUAUUCCAAUCAAGGGCAUUUUAUUGGGCUGUUUUUGUAACAGAUUGUUCAUCUAUAUAAAAAGUAAGACAUAAGAACAGUUUUGAGUGCCAAAUAUAAGAGCUGAUUACAGAGGAUAAACGGGCUCAGUACAGUCUAUCUUCUAAUUGUAUUUUACAAGUUUUAUUCCGUAGUCAACCAAUGGAUAAUUUAGUCCUAAUAGUUUUAUGCACUUCAUUAUUUAUUUAUUUGUUUAUUUAUAUGCUUUUUGGAGUUAAUUGAACCUACAUUUUUGUUAAGUUAUUCAAAUGAAACAAAAUAUAGCAUGACUGUUAGAUAUGUUUGGACUUCACUAAUGUUUAAUGGAGGAAUGAGGAUUUGACAGAAAUAUGAAUGGAUGAGAAAGAUAUUUCGCCUGAUUUAAGUGACUUAUUUAAAAAAAAAAAAAAAAAAAGUGUUUUUGAUUGGUAUGAGCAACUUCCAUCCGGUUCCCUCAUUACUGCUGCACUGAUGCUCUGACAGAUAGAUGUCCUGUUAGAUGUUGAGAAGCCUCAAAGUCUGCAUGAUAUAUUUGUUUUGAUGUGAAAGUUGUUUUGACAUUCUGAUGAUCUAUUUAUUUGUUAACUGUUAUUUUCAUGAUAAUAUUUAAGGAUCAAGAACGAGGACUAUUUAUAAAACUGUUUUUUGAGUGCAAAGUUUUUGUACAAAGUGUAAAGUGAAUAGCGCUCAUCACUCUUUGUACAGUGAUCUUCCAGGAAAUAUCUGUUGGAAUAUUUUCCAUGAUUUUGCUUUUCUUCUGGAUUUAUUUAACUAAGGCUUAAGCUGAGUUCAACAACCUUUUUGCAGGGAACCGAUUGAGAUUGAACAAUCUUGGCCACGGCCUGAAACUGACCUCGUAAAGGUAGCUUGAUCUGCAAUUUCCAUGGCAAUAUUUUAGACUCAGCUGCUAACUCAGUUUGCUAACACUAGAGUACCUCACUAUUCUCUCUCCACUUUAGAUCAAAUUAUCUGUUUAGAUCAUGUUUAAGUCUGCAAAGUGGCUGAGGUUCUCCAACAAAAUGCCUUGUUGAACGCACCCCUGCUUUAGUGAUCAAACUGAGCAUGCUUUAUCGUCUUGGAUUUCUCCAACAGGUGAAUUGUUUCUUGGUUUUUCUGAAUGCUAUUUUAAAUCAAAGACUAUUAAAAAUAUUUGAUCAAAACGUG